AAKCUGAGCAACCUAUUUGGUAUACCKAAAACGGUAUUUCAAAUGRSAGACCUUCGUGAACUAAUAUUAGAAAACUGCAAUUUGGGAGAUGAUCAGGAUGGCGAUGACUGGGCGAAGMUAAACUUAAKAUCAUUAUCUCUAGUCAGGUGUGGCUUGUCUACCAUACCGUACGUUAUUUUAAGAAUGAAUUCUCUAGAAACGUUAGAUUUGUCWUACAACAACAUCRAAGCCAUUCCUAUUGAAUUUYSUGACCUCAAGUCCUUAUGUUCUCUGAAUGUUGCCCACAACGAYAUUWCCWAWGGCGUGGAAAAUCUCUUUUCAAUGAAGACACUUGUAAAAUUAAACCUAAGAGGAAACAACUMUCUUAAWCUGCGWCUGRAAGAUACCCAACCGAUUUACCAAAUGAGAUUAGAAGUUAGCCAAAUUAUGAUGGAAUCGAUGGAUCGAACGACAUUGGAAAGGCUUCCAGAAAUAGUGGAACCCUUAGAGCAGGACCUAGUAGUUAUCAAGUAUUCUCCAGAAAGACUUCCUCUCGAAAAUCCCAAUGUUUUGAAAAUGAUAUCAAAGCCCAAAGGAGUGGCUGUCAUWAUCAACAAYAGYUCUCACAGCACUACCUCGCGUUCUCGCAAWGAMAUGWCCAAAUUACGCAAACUUUUCGAAGAAAUUGGUUAUCGUGUCAGCGAAGUCYCAUCAWCAMRUGUGAGGACAGAAGACUUGUUGCGUUCRCAGGUUUUCACUAUGUCGGAGGAUUGUUCACCGUGUGAUUCUGCAAUUUUCAUGAUGACAUCAAGUUACAACGACGAGGAUGGAUUGACUCUUGGACUUGGAGAGAAAACACAAUGUAAUGAAAUUGCCGACUGGAUGAGUCAAGUAAGGAGUCUAGAAGGAAAACCUAAGCUCAUUUUCAUACAAACACGCUUACAUGAAUCAGUGGCAAAGACCUCUUUUAGCUUGCCAAUGGUGAUUGAAUAUCGCGAUACACUUAUUGCGUAUUUUGAAUCCCAUCGUACUCAUGGUUCCUUUCGAGAUAUGGAAGCCGAUUCCUUCUUUGUCCAUACUCUAGUUGAUGUGUUUUCAAACUAUGCUUGGAGAGAAGAUGUUGACAGUCUCUUGGCACGUGUAGAUGAUAAAUUGUCAAUGAGUGACUACGAAUUCGUCUCAUCUCCCAGGAAUGGACUUAAGAAGAAGUUUUAUUUCCUACCAGGUUACUUCGAAGGAGAUGAUAAAGGUAAUGAAAAUUUGCAGCAGCCUGGACUUUAGUUACCAUUACAAAAAACAAUUAUGUGAAACAAUUUAAUUACUUUGUAAUGUUGAUUCAAUGUCAGAAAGCAUUGUUUGAUGGCUUGAUGGCGACCUUGCGCUUUCAGAAAAGCGCGAAACUGUUGAACGCUUUGCGCCUGAACAUGCCAUCACCUCUUUUAAAGAAUAAAAUUAUUUCAGUUAUUUUUAGCUUCUUGGA